CUAACGCAGAUUGUCCGCCGGUGGAUGAGUGAUGGAGGACCGAAGGAUGAAGGACGGUGGUCUCGGGGAUCUGAUGCGGUCGUGAUGAACCCGUUUGACGGCUCCGAGGAUGCGGACCACGGGGCCUGCAGGGGCCCUUGGGCCCGGUUCUCCUCCUGGUUAGAGUGCGUGUGUGUCGUUACCUUCGACCUCGAGCUCGGACAAGCCAUAGAGCUGGUGUAUCCUCAGGAUGUGAAACUCACUGAGAAGGAGAAAACCAGCAUCUGCUACCUGUCCUUCCCAGACUCGUACUCAGGAUGCCUUGGGGACACUCAGUUCAGCUUCAGGUUGCGUCAGUCGAUUGGCCGCCGAGCGUGGAGGCUCAGAGAAGAUGUUUACAACAGAGACGCCCCGGCCACGCUGCAGACCGAAGCGUCCCAUUUCUUCGGUUACGUCUACUUCAGACAAGUGAAGGAUGUUUCUGUGAGGAGAGGAUACUUCCAGAAGUCUCUGGUGCUGGUAUCCAGGUUACCGUAUUAUGGGCUGUUCUCUGUGUUUCAGUCUCUGGUGCUGGUAUCCAGGUUACCGUAUUAUGGGCUGUUCUCUGUGUUUCAGUCUCUGGUGCAGGUCGUUGCUCCCGAGUUCUUCGUUUUGAAGCUGCAGCCGUGUCUGGAAGCAGUGUGCAGCGAGAUCGACCAAUGGCCUGCCCCCGUUCCUGGACAGACGCUCCACCUGCCUCUGAUGGGCGGGGUUUUACAGGUUCGGAUUCCUUCCAAAACAGAUAAACCAGGAGGAAGUCCAGUCAGACAGACUGAUAGACAGAACGUGCGGCGUCCGACUGUGCUGCCCUUCGACCACCAACUGGACCUCUUCAAGUGUUUUCAGCCGGUCCUCGUUCACCUUCAGAUGUUGUGGGAGCUCGUGUUGCUAGGGGAACCACUGGUCGUCAUGGCGCCGUCUCCCACCGUCUCCUCGGAAACCGUGCUGGCUCUCAUCAGCAUCAUCAGCCCUCUGAGGUUCUGCUGUGACUUCCGUCCGUACUUCACCGUCCACGACAGCGAGUUCAGAGAGUUCACCACCAGGACCCAGGCCCCGCCUAGCGUGGUCCUGGGCGUCACCAAUCCGUUCUUCAUCAAGACGUUUCAGAACUGGCCGCACGUCGUCCGCCUCGGAGAAACCAAGAUGGCUGGUGAUUUACCCAAACAGGUGAAGGUGAAGAAACUGUCCAAACUGAAAACUCUGGACACCAAACCAGGCGUCUACACGGCGUUCAAGACGUUUCUACACAAAGACAAGAUUCUGAUUAAAAGACUGCUGAAGGGGAUUCAGAGGAAGCGUCCGUCGGAGGCUCAGAGCGCCAUCUUGAGGCGCCACCUGUUGGAGCUCACGCAGAGUUUCAUCAUCCCCCUGGAGCGCUACAUGGCGAGCCUGAUGCCUCUGCAGAGGUCGGUGACACCGUGGAAGACUCCCCCUCAGAUCCGUCCCUUCAGUCAGGAAGACUUCAUGUCCACUCUGGACCACACGGGGCCUCAGCUGACCUCAGGGCUCAAAGGGGAUUGGACAGGACUCUACAGGAAGUUCUUCCGCUCUCCGAACUUUGACGGCUGGUAUCGGCAUCGCCACAAAGAGAUGACGCAGAAACUGGAGAGUCUUCACCUGGAGGUCCUCUGUGACGCCGAUCUGAUUGGUUGGACCAGAGAAAAGUCUGAGGUGGAAAUCGUCGACUUGAUUCUGAAGCUCAAAGAGAAACUCAGUAAAGCUCGGCGGCAGCAGCUGCAGGUGAAGGACGGCGUUUUAGAGAAACUGGACGGAUUCAUCGCCAUGGUUACCGGCUCGCUGCCCGCAGAUCUGCACACAGUACUCAACACUCGCUGACCAUGUGACUCCACACAGGAUUACAUUUAAUGUUUUUCAUUUUCAGCUUUGUGUUUCAUAUCAUUUAAGAUUUAGAAAACCAGUUUUUAUUUUGUUUAAAACUAAAAGUUAAAGGGUCAUUUUGUUUAGUUUGUCCCACCCUGGA